ACCGCUUUACGGCAGCGAGGCGGCGGUUGCCCGUCAGUGCCGCCUUCUUCCGCCCUUCUCCUUUCGCGACGGCGUCGUGAAGACGGAGGGCGCUUGACGGCCAGCCGGAGAGACAACUUGUGGGGAGCCGUGAGGGGGGCAGCGUCGCCAUGAGGCAGAAGAAGAAAGUCUCUCUCCAACGUCAAUCGGAUGCUAGCAAAGAGACCUCAGCCGGGCAGAGCUGAUGAUGAUGACCAUCUCGGACGUCAUCAAGCAGCUCAUCGAAGCUCACGACCAGGGCAAAGAUGUCAACUUGAACAAGAUAAAGACCAAGACAGCUGCAAAGUAUGGGCUUUCGGCACAGCCCCGCCUCGUGGACAUCAUUGCUGCGGUGCCUCCCCAGUAUCGCAGAGUGCUGGUUCCCAAACUGAAGGCGAAGCCCAUCCGCACUGCUAGUGGGAUUGCUGUUGUGGCAGUGAUGUGUAAGCCUCACAGAUGUCCACACAUUAACUUCACAGGAAACAUUUGUGUGUACUGUCCAGGGGGUCCCGAUUCUGACUUUGAGUAUUCAACACAGUCUUACACAGGAUACGAGCCAACUUCCAUGAGAGCCAUCCGCGCCAGGUACGAUCCGUAUCUCCAGACUAGGCACCGCGUUGAGCAGCUGAAGCAGUUGGGUCACAGUGUGGACAAAGUGGAGUUCAUUGUGAUGGGCGGGACGUUCAUGGCUCUUCCCGAAGAAUACCGGGAUUAUUUUAUCCGCAACUUGCACGACGCUUUAUCGGGCCACACCUCCAACAACGUGGCAGAGGCUGUCAGAUACUCUGAGCGAAGCCUUACAAAGUGCAUUGGCAUAACUAUAGAGACCCGGCCGGAUUACUGCCUGAAACGCCACUUGAGCGAUAUGUUGUCAUACGGCUGCACAAGGCUGGAGAUUGGCGUGCAGAGUGUCUAUGAGGAUGUGGCCAGAGACACCAACAGGGGCCAUACGGUGAAGGCUGUGUGCGAAUCAUUCCACCUAGCCAAAGACGCUGGGUUCAAAGUGGUGGCACACAUGAUGCCAGACCUGCCCAACAUGGGACUCGAGAGAGACAUCGACCAGUUUGUGGAGUUUUUUGAGAAUCCUGCCUUUCGCCCCGAUGGCAUGAAGCUCUACCCAACCCUCGUGAUCCGUGGCACCGGCUUGUACGAGCUCUGGAAGACGGGGAGGUACAAGAGCUACCCUCCAAGCACCCUCGUGGAUUUGGUGGCGAGGAUACUGGCUCUCGUGCCCCCGUGGACGCGAGUAUACCGUGUGCAGAGGUAAAGUUGCUUGCAGUCAGAUUGUGC